AUGGCGACAGAUUUGGAACCUCGAAAGGUUCCCCUCGAGGUCUUGCAUUUAAGCAUGCCCAGGACAGGCUCUGUGUCCAUGAAAGCGGCGUAUGAGAUCCUCGGUCUACCCACCUACCAUGGCUUCGUCUAUAUCGAGAACGGUGCAGAUCAGAUCGAAUGGGAGAAGGCGUGCGAUGCGAAGUAUUAUGGCAAGGGCAAGCCUUAUACUCGAGCCGAUUUUGACAAUUUCCUCGGCGGAUAUGCCGUACUUUCGGACUUUCCCGUACUGGGUUUCACUGAGGAGUUCUUGGAAAUGUAUCCAGACGCCAAGGUCGUUCUUGUAGAACGCGAUAUUGAAAAAUGGUAUCACUCGUUCAAUACCCAUAUCAUUACCGCCAUGUACAACUGGAUGACCUGGGUCAUGCUCAACAUGGUCGAGCCAUUUAUACGUACUCGACCCGCAGGCACCAUAAUAAAAAUGGAAUAUGGAAUGUUCAACUGUUCUAAUAAAGCAGAAUUCCAGGCUAGUGCGCGAGACACGUAUCGACGGCAUUAUGCGAAGGUGCGCGAACUGACUCCAAAGGAGAAUCUGCUUGAGUACAAGUUAGGAAGCGGCUGGGAGCCCCUUUGCACGUUUUUGGGAAAGGAUAUCCCUGAUGUCGAGUUUCCUUUCUUGAAUGAGAGUAAGGAAUUUGCCAUUUGGAUGCACAACAUGCAGAAGAGGGAACUUGCUCGAGGAGUGAAAGUCAUCGCAAAGGCCCUGAUUCCUGCUGGUGGAUUGAUUCUUGCAGCGCUAUACUACAGGUUUUAUUUGGUUUGA